AUGGGCACUGAUGAUAUGGCCAUGUUGGACAAGAAGACAGAACAGAAGGAGACAAUAUCUUCCUCUUUAGAAGAGGAGCCUAGGACUGUUUUAGGGAGCCCUAUUGAUUUUCUAAACGCCACACCUUCUCAGUUUGGAAUUACUGUCCAGAGCUUCAACCAGUCAUCAGCAGAACGCAAAGAAAAGUCCCGUUUGGCACAAUUAAGGGAGAGGAGAAAGUCUAGUAUCGGCGUGAGGGGCUCACCAGAAAUGAACUCACUUAUCCGCUUCAUCGCACGACAAAAAAUGAAGAAUUCAUCCAACUGUCAAACUCCAGAGCUUGUCAAAGGUAGUCCCUUCCUUCCUCGGGUAGCGUCCACCCUGAAGCAGAAAAUAGCUUCCUUUAACAGCUUGAUGGGUGUGGAGGAGAGUGAGGCCUAUGAUCUGAUGCCAAGGCAGGGGAACAACACUAGUGAAUGCAUCAAGACAAGAGAUUAUCUGUCUGAUAAAUACGACCAGGAAGAAGGGAAAGAGAACAAGCCUCAAGAGAUGUCACCUGCACCCAGCAAGAAGCGUCGCGUAGGCCCCAUCGAAGGCUGUGAAGUGCAGAUUAGAGAAGACAAUGAAUUUGAACCUCAAAGCCCCAGUCGAGCACAGCGCAGUGACCUUACAUCAGCUUCACCAGUCAAGUCAUUUUCUGCUUUUCAAUUUUCUCCUCUAUCUCCUCAACUGGAGAUGAAAUCAGCAGACAAAAACAACUCCACUGGGAUAUCUGUAACCGCAACAAAAAAGAAGCGGGUGCAUUUUGGAUGUCCGCUUUCCCCUGAGUUGUUUGAUAAUCAGCUGCCUCCCAGCACUCCGUUAAGGAAAGGAGGAACACCAGCUCGAACCCUCACACCAGGUGGGAUCUUAAAGAUGCACUCUGCUUUGAAGACGCCCCAGAGGGAUGGAUAUUGCACGCCACAAGCACAGCCGGAGCUCAUCAGUGAAUUUGGUGCCUCUCCGGUGCUUGCGAUGUCUCACAACCACAGAAUAUUUCGCAUGGCAGAAGACGGAGUGGAGAAGUGGGAAAAGCUACCUGAGGAGAGCAAACCUGUGAGGAGGUCGACACGCUCUGCUGCUAAACCUUCUGAGACGAUUAAAACUGUCUCUAAAGCAGCAAAUCGGUGGAAAAAGGAGGUGAACCACUCUCUUUACGGUUCUCGGGAAUACGCAUCAAAGAAGCCUACCCUUAGUCCCAUCACAGAGUUGUUUAUUUGUGAAUCUGCAGCAGCACAGCACACUCCCCCCACGACCUGCACAGAUGAAAAUUCAUUCAUGCAAAAUGAACCCAGUGAAUCUUCAAGCAGCUGUCCUAGGACUGCAGCUUGUAAUGAAGAACGUCCGACAGGACCUCCAUUAUCGCCUAGCAAAAGAGCCAUCGGUAAAAAAAGGAGGUCAUCAAGAUACGAGGUCACAAAAUGUGGUUUUAAGAAGGUCAGUGUUUCAUUGGACAACAUCUAUGUGGAGCCUCAGCUUGCUGAGAGUGAGAGCCAUGAGGAAGAGAGCACGACUAUUGCUGCUUUGUUAAAGGAAGCCCCACCAGAAAACCUUCCACCAGAAAAAGUGUCAGCUAGCACUGAAGAACAUCACACUCUUACCAUUGGUGACACACCCAGCACACACACAGAUACAAAUACUGAAGUUCAUCUUAUUGAAGAUGACGCCACACCAGCGUGCUUGUUAGGAGGAGAACAAACCAGCACAGUGACCGCUGCAAGCCCAAGAGCAGCAACCCAGCUGACCCAAAAUGUGUCAAGAUGCAAGAGGAGAUCUGUGAACCUGACAGACAACCAACCGAAACAGGAAGUGGAAAAAAACACAGUCUCAAAGUCUGACUACCCUGAAGAGGCGAUGCAAGUCAACAGUGGCCUGACUUUGUGUCAGACUGACUUUAAUUUUGAGGAUGUCUUCAAACGUGUUCCCAGCAGAGGGCAGCGCUCAGUGCGCCGCAGCCUGAGGAACCUGAGCAACUCAAAUGAUGACACAGGUCUGGCCUGGGUGCCUCAGACCUCCCCCGAAUUCAAAACUAUAACUAGCAGGAAGACCCGCAGUCGAAGAUCCCUUUCUGCAUUGUCAGAAGACACAACACUUAUCACUUAG